AUGGCUGCCAGAAAGCGUUCCGCAUUGCAAGCCUACUUGUCACAACAAUACAUCGACUUUGAUCUUGACCAUCCUACGCAACGACUCAACUCCUUGUACGCGGAUUUUUCCAAGCUGCUUGUGUUGAACCCAUAUGGAUACAAUGCCAACGUGAGCUACUGGCGAUCCGUCAUUCUCGACUGCAACGCGCAUGGAGUGUUGGGAAACGCCGAUUAUCGACUCGCCUUUGAUAUGAAUGAGCUUGGAAGUCAUUUUCUACGACCUGGUCUCGGCAAACCGCUUGCAUUAUCUUGUGUUGUGAAUAGCAUGGUGGAAAACAAGGAGCUCGUGACCUUGGGCGAGUUUAUGGCGAUGUAUCAGCUACCCAAUGAGACAUCCUCAUCGACAUGGUGGUGGUCUUCGAUCAGCCAGUGGUUAUGGUCAAGGAGUAAUGGCAACUCAACAUCAUCUGAAACCUAUAUUGUUAUGCCGACGCUCAAGAGCAUUGCCAAGCAUAUCGUACAAUCCUAUGCCAAUCAGACAAUCACCCACGCUACCACCAGUUUGAUGACAUUACCUGAUUUUCGAGCACAUUAUGGUCAAUUGGACAACAUCGAUUUGACGGAUUCGGAUAUUUGGUUACUCCUUCGAUACCUCAAUGCGGAAAUGGGUGUGGCGGUUGCUGACAACGUCAAGGGAUAUGGAACGCAAUACGUUGUUGUCAAGUUUCCAGCCAAGGAUGAAAAGGCCGAGAUUACACAGCAUGAUCGUGCAUUGGUGAGCAUGAAAACAACAUGUCAUGCACUCAAGGUGCAGGUGGAUGAAUUACAAUCCAAAGCGGAAGAGCUAGCAACGAUGGCCCAUGAGCAUUAUAGAGCGAAGCGAAAAGCACAAGCAUUGUAUGCUCACAAGCGAAAGAAGCAUAUCAUGGAGAUCUUGGACAGGAGGUUACGAUCGUUGGAGACCAUGGAAAUGAUGUUACUCAAAAUAGAAACGUCCCAGAAUGAUCUUCAGGUGGUACGAGCUUUCAAUAUGGGAGCGGAUGCACUUCAAAGUAUCCUUAGCAAAGAAGACUUAUCCUUGGCAACGGUGGAUGAAGCCAUGUUCAAGGUGCAAAAGGCGUUUGAAGAUCAAAAGGAAGUGGAGGAUGCUAUUGUGAUGGGCACUGAAGAAGCCAACAAUCGAGUACCUGAAUUGGAUGAUGAUGAAUUAGAAAAGGAACUUGAGGAUUUGCAGAGGGAAGAAAUGGCAGCACAACAACAGCAACAACAACUAUUAUCAUCAUCACCAUCACGACCCCCCUUACGACAAGUGACACAAUCUGCACCGCCGCCUGAUCGAUCCGAAUCCGAGCUUGCAAGGAUCAAUAACCUCUUUCAACAAUUAAGAAAAACCGAUACCCCACCUUCCACUACCCCUCGCUUACAACAACCAUCACAACCACAACAACACGAGUAUAAAAUGUUAGCUGAAUGA